AUGUCAAUAAGUGAAUACGCAAACCUUAUUCCCGAAUCCAUCAAAGAUGAUAUUGCCGCUUGGAUUAAAGAAGAUAUACCAUCCUUUGAUUAUGGGGGAUAUGUUGUUGGAGAAACUCCAGAAGUUGCGAUAUUAUAUGGAAAAUCACCUGGAGUUCUGGCUGGUGUACCAUUUUUUAAUGAAGUUUUCAGUCAAUUGGAUUGCAGUGUUGAGUGGUUUUUGAAAGAAGGCGAUUAUUUUGAGCCAAUAAAAGAAAUUGCUAAAGUUCAGGGAAAAGCUUGUAAUAUUCUCAGGGGUGAACGAAUUGCUCUCAAUAUCAUUGCACGCGUAAUCGCGGGAACGCGAAAAACGACACCAGGUUUUCGUCUUGUUGAAAAAUAUGGGAUGCUUGUCGGGGGAGCUGAUACUCAUCGUAUGAAUCUCUCUUCUAUGGUAAUGCUAAAGGACAAUCAUAUCUGGAGCCAAGGGUCAAUAAAAAAGGCAAUCGAACGUGCUAGAAAUGUUGGUGGGUUUUCACUAAAGAUAGAUGUUGAAUGUCGUACUGAAGCAGAAGCCGAUGAAGCAAUUCAAGCUGGAGCAGAUGUGAUUAUGCUUGAUAAUUUUAAAGGCGAAAAUUUAAGAACUUGUGCCAAAUCGUUGAAACAGAAAUGGACAAAUAAAAAAUUUUUACUAGAAUCUAGUGGUGGAAUUACAGAUGAAAAUAUUACCGAAUUUUUUUGUCCCGAUAUUGAUAUCUUAAGUUUGGGAUGUUUGUCUCAGGGAGUAAAACAUGUAGACUUUUCUUUGAAGAUUCGAAAAGAAUCUUAG